GAAUUUCUGUCAAAGUAUGGAUACCUGCAGACUGGCUCGAAUGAUCCCGACCUGGUCAUGUCGGACCAGUCGGACCAAGUAAUUUCUGACGCCAUCAGAAAAUUCCAGAAGUUCACUGGCCUUGAAACGACGGGGAGUCCAGACCGCGCCACCUUGAUGAAAAUGAAGGCACCCAGAUGCGGAAUCCCAGAUGACGUCAGCAGCUCCGGGGACAGAAAUAUUCCCUAUGCUUACAACUCAAUGGGCAAACGAUGGAGCAAAGACGUGUUGAAAUGGAAGCUAACGCAGACGUCGACCAAAGUGAGCGAAAAGGAUCAACUCUCGGCCAUUGAGUCGGCCCUGGAUCUGUGGUCGCGGGUGACCCCGCUGACCUUUCAACGGACACAAGAUAAUCCUGACAUCGAGAUGAGAUUUGUGAGGGGGGAACACGGCGAUGGACCACACAACAGCUUUGACGGACAAGGUCGUGUGUUAGCGCAUGCGUACGGACCAGGAGGCGGCGUGGGCGGAGAUGCUCAUUUUGAUGAAGACGAACCUUGGACUGUAGGCACAGGGGAGGGGGCCGAUCUCACGAUGGUCGCCGCCCAUGAAUUCGGCCAUUCUCUAGGACUCGGGCACUCCAGUGACCCCGAGGCUUUGAUGGCGCCGUUCUACGCAUACAGUGAAAAGCCGUGUUUGAAAAAGGACGACAUCCUAGGCAUUCAGUCUUUGUAUGGUCCAAAAACUAGGAAACCACGCCCUGUUGUAAAUUCGACACGUUCUUUAUCCACUAUUACUAGAAGGGUAACUUCGAUACCAACGACAACCGCAACAACAACACCAAAAACAACUGUUAGAACAACAUCAAAUAGACGCACCAACGUUUCAUUGCCGGCUUUCUGUGGCGUUAACUUCCGACUGGAUGCUAUCUCUAGCGGACCGGGCGGAUUUCUAUACGCGUUUGGUAAUGGCUCCGUAUACAAGAUUGGUGCUCAAGGUUUGGAGCCUGGUUACCCGAAACUGAUAUCCCAGGUGUACCACAAGGGCCCCAGAGCCUCCGUGGACGCUGCCACAUAUAUUCCAGAGACCAAGAAAACCUACCUUUUUAAAGAUUUCCAGGUUUGGCGCUACACAAACUUCACUUUGGAUGUGCAUUAUCCGAAAAUCUGGACAGACGUCAGAACCUACAAUCUUUCCGCUGCCAUGACCUUGACCUACGAGGGUCAGUCUCAGAUUAUAAUGUUUGGAAAUGACAACUUUUGGGCGUGGAACCCAAACACAGAACAAUUGGUGUCAGGCUACCCUUUACCCACGGAGAUUUACUUUCCUCAUGCACCCCAACUGCCAGACGCUGCCUUCACCAAUCCUCAAGGGCACUUUAUCUUCUUCAAAGGCAACAGCUUGAAGCAGCUGAAACAACGUGGGACGGAUGAAAUCCCACAGGCGUUGGGACCAAACCUUUUUGGAACAGUUUGUGGCGGUGACUCUCAAGUACUUUCUCAGCUUGUUCCUGAUUUAUCUUACAGUCGGCCAACUCAGAAUCAUGGGAACAAUAACUUUUUCAAGCCAGAGUUCUUGCCCUCGAUCUGGUCUUUACUUGGUUCCGGAGUGGGCCCUGUGAAACCAGCCAAGUCAUAUGGUCCGGCCCGGCCAUCGCAACCGCAGCUGGGACAUGAAAUUCAAUAA